AGGAAACCAAGAAUCAUGCCUGACGCAGUAGUUAAAGCGCCCAAGAAGGGCUCCAAGAAAGCCGUCGCUAAGAGCGUCAGCAAGACUGGCAAGAAGAGGAGAAAGUCCAGGAAGGAGAGCUACGCCAUCUACGUGUACAAAGUGAUGAAGCAGGUCCACCCUGAUACCGGCAUCUCCUCCAAGGCCAUGGGCAUCAUGAACUCGUUCGUGAGCGACAUCUUUGAGCGCAUCGCCGGUGAGGCCUCUCGUCUGGCUCACUACAACAAGCGCUCCACCAUCACCUCCAGGGAGAUCCAGACCGCUGUCCGCCUGCUGCUGCCCGGUGAGCUGGCGAAGCACGCCGUGUCUGAGGGAACCAAGGCCGUGACCAAGUACACGAGCUCCAAGUAAACCUGAUAAACCUGAUGUAGACCAACAACCCAAAGGCUCUUUUAAGAGCCACACACUUCUUCUGAAGACUUGUUCCUGUUCAAUAAGAUUAUUCAUGACUAAAUGCGAAUGUUAUUUCCAAGAAUCUACAUGAUGCUGCUGCACAAGGCUGUCUUUUCACUGUGGCAGUGGAAUAUACUAUGGCUAGAUCAGCCUUUAUUAACAAGGACCAUCAAGUAAUUCUAUUUUCCUGAAAAAUGUAUGAUCUUUGGAGAAUUGGAGUCAAUCUUGUAUGUGCAAUAAAGCUGAUUAUGAAACUCAAGAGUACUAGUAUAACCUGCAUAUGAUCAGAAGCUAUCUUGUCUUGCACAUAUUACUAUGGUUCUUUGUUCAGUCCUUAAUGGGUAACCAGAGAGCACUGCAAAAAUGCAUCUGGCUGUUAUAAAUAUUAAAGAAACUAAG